AUGAAAAUUUUCUUUAAUGUGGACGGGUUUUUCUUCACAAUCAUCACCAUUUUUCUACGGGUUACUUUGGCGGGAAAUCUGGCAAAAGUGAAGAUUCGAGAGGGAACGAUCGAAGAAAUCGAGUCAGCGAUGUCGCAUUUCUACGCGGAAAAUCAUCAUUUACACCACGCACUCUUAGCCGAAUAUCAUGCACAUUUAGCACCGAUUUAUAUGCUGGAUCAUAACGCCACCAAAUUUCGCGUCCCGUCCUUCAAAAUCUACGUCAAUCUGAUCAAUGCCAAGUUGAUGGACAUUAAUGAGGCCAACGAGCUCCUGUCAAUGAUCAUCGAUUUGGAAGUGAGAUGGAGAGACAUUCGUCUGCGGUGGAAACCCGGCAAUUUCUCUGGCAUUGAGCAUAUCGUUUUGCCCGAAGCCAUCAUUUGGACACCCGAUUUUGUCUACUAUGAUCAAGCAGCCCAAGCCAUCAAUCUGAUCCCCGAGGAGGCGAGAUACGUGAGGAUCUACUCGACGGGCGAGGUAGUGCAACCAGUGAUGCAUUUGGUGAGAACGAGUUGCAAUCUCAACAUGACCGAAUUCCCAUUCGACAUUCAACAAUGUUCGGUGGCGCUUGGCACGUUGAUCUACGCGGCAAAAGAGAUAUCCUACCAGAUAAAUGUACCCGAAUUCAACGAAUAUAAAAAAUCGGAUACUUUUGGAUGGCAUGGGAACAGCGAGUGGGAGGUGGAGAAACCGAAAGCUGAACGAAUCAAAGCGAACAACACUUUGGUCAAAUAUGAAUAUAUAAACAUCGAGUUCACUUUCGCGCGACAUCCAUCUUUUUUCAUGGCUGUCAUCAUUUGGCCGGUGUUUUUGUUAAAUUCUCUCUGUAUCCUUGGAAUGUUCGUUGACAAAACUGGCGAUUGUUUGAAUAAGAUGAUUCUCGGUUUGACAACCCUAAUGGCGAUGGCUGUCGAAUUAGAAAUUAUUGCAGAAGAGAUGCCAAAAACCGAGAAAAUGCCUCUAUUGGCAAGUUUCGUCUUCCGUGCAAUCAAUCUGAUCGCGCUCGCCUCGGUGGUGAUUCUCUUUGUGCCGAAAAUCAAGAAAGCCAGGAAAAAGCUACCCGAUCGUCAUGCUCGCAAACUCUUCCAACCGAACUUCAUCUUCCUGGUCAUUUUCGAGACAUUGAAUGGGUUGAAUUUCUGGUGGUUACUUUCACACAAAAAGCCUCAUUCA